UGUCAAAACAAUGUCAAAAUCAAAAUUUUGAAAAUACGUAUGAACAUUUAGAGACGUCGAAAUUUCUGUUAAAAUGAUAGCUAUCUUUAUCAUCCUGCUUAUGUCCGUAGCUCUCUUCAUCGUAGGUAUUUUAUUGAUAUCAUCUUCAGAUUAUGAGAAUAUCAAGACAAAUCUGAGAAACACAUUUUCUGAGUUGUCCAUACAAAAAUCGAAUUGUUGCAUUCUGUCCUCACUGGAGGAUUUGGGCAAAAAGCUGGAAACUUUGGAAACUAACCUCGAAGAGAAGAGGAAAGAAGUUGAGGAUUCGAAAUCUGAAGUUUAUGAGACGACUGAAAAAAUCCAAGCUUUAAAUGAAACGUCUAAACAGAUAAAAUUGUUCUAUACAACCCUGAAGAACGAUUUAUCAAGUUCCGAAGAAGACUGCAGUAAUCUCUACAAAAAAAUUGAUGAAUACAGAAAUAGUCAAAUGAAACUCAAAAAAGAAAUACAGAGGAAUAUAAGAUAUUAUUACGAUCUACUGAAUGCUAUUCAGAACAGCAGAUUCUUGGAAAAGAGAGAUACUUUGAGAGCCUUACAAGGUGGAGAGGGUUUUGAAUUGGAAAGAUUGUAUAAAGCAAAAUGAGGAUCAAACUACAUAAGAACUUAAUUCAUUACUUUCUCCUUCUUUAAAGGUAGUAUUUGUUGUGAACGAACUGUUUCAUGAUGAUUUUUCUGUCAAUUGAAGUCUUAGUAAAUUUGUUAUAUAU